AUGGUGCGAGAUAACCAUACCACAGUGACAGAAUUUGUCCUCAUGGGACUCACAGACCUCCCUGAGCUUCAGCGCCCCCUCUUUGUAGUGUUCCUGGUAAUUUAUCUCAUCACGCUAGCAGGAAACCUCGGCAUGAUCCUGCUCAUCAAGGCAGACUCUCGGCUGCACACCCCCAUGUACUAUUUCCUCAGUCACCUGGCAUUCAUUGAUUUUUGCUACUCCUCUUGCAUUGGGCCCAAGAUGCUGCAAAAUUUAUUGGUGAAGAAAAAGACCAUCUCCUUUUCAGGCUGUUUUGCUCAGUUGUACUUCUCCAGUGCAUUUGCAACUACCGAAUGCUUCCUCUUGGCCACCAUGGCCUAUGACCGCUACAUGGCCAUCUGCAAGCCCCUGAUUUAUACAGCAAUUAUGACACAGCGGCUCUGCAAGGAGUUGGUGAUAGGAGUCUAUACCUACGGCUUCCUGAACUCAGUAGUACAGACAGUGCUGACGUUCCAGUUGUCUUUCUGCGACUCCAACGUGAUUCACCACUUCUACUGCGCUGACCCCCCUCUCCUUGCCCUCUCGUGCUCAGACACCCACAACAAAGAGAGGCAGCUCCUGGUCUUUUCUGCAGUGAACUUCACUGGAUCCCUCCUCACCAUCCUCAUCUCCUACGUCUGCAUCCUCUUUUCCAUUAUAAAAAUCCAGUCUUCCCAGGGCAAGUGCAAAGCGUUUUCCACCUGUGCCUCCCACCUCUCCGUGGUCAUCAUCUUCUAUGGAACACUGUUUUUCAUGUAUCUGCAGCAACCAAGAGCAGGGAAUUCGUGGAAUUAUAGCAAAGUGGUCUCUGUGUUUUAUAGUCUUGUAAUCCCCAUGUUGAACCCCCUGAUCUACAGCCUGAGGAAUACAGAUGUAAAGGACUCUCUGAGAAAGAUGCUAGAGGGCAAAGCUUCAUGGUGA